CUAUCAUGGCUAUGACCUGCAGGUGACGACAAUGAAGACCGACUUCAAGUUCUCGAACUUGCUUGGCACUGUCUACUGCCAGGGCAACCUGCUCUACAGCCCCGAUGGCACCCAUCUCUUCUCGCCUGUCGGCAACAGAGUGACUGUCUUUAACCUUGUAGAAAACAAGUCGUAUACACUUCCGUUCGCGCACCGCAAGAACAUUGCCCGGAUCGGCCUCACACCCCGCGGCAACCUCCUGCUCUCAAUUGACGAAGAUGGCCAUGCGAUUCUGACCAAUGUGCCUCGGCGCAUCUCGAUCUACCACUUCUCGUUUCGUGCGCAGGUCACAGCGCUCGCCUUCUCGCCUUCUGGCCGCCACUUCGCUGUUGGCCUAGGCCGGAAGAUCGAGGUCUGGCAUGUCCCUUCCACCCCCGACGCUUCUACCGAGGGCGAGCUCGAAUUCGCGCCUUUUGUUCGAUAUCACACACACACCGGCCAUUUCGACAAUGUCCAGCACAUCGAGUGGUCUAGCGACUCACGCUUCUUCCUCACCAGUUCCAAGGAUUUGACGGCCCGGAUAUGGAGCUUGGAUCCCGAAGAGGGUUUCACGCCCACAGUCCUCUCGGGACACAAGCAGGCUAUUAUCGGUGCUUGGUUUUCGGCGAACCAGGAAACCAUCUACACUGUUAGCAAGGAUGGUGCUGUAUUCGACUGGCAAUACGUCAAGCCUAUUAACCGGGUUGAGGAGGACGACCAAAUGCGCGACGACGACGACGAUUCCGACAUGCGAUGGCGCAUCGUCCAGCGACAUUACUUCAUGCAAGGAAGCGCCCACGUACGAUGUGCUGCGUUCCACCCCGAGACCAACCUCCUGGUAGCCGGCUUCUCCAACGGUCUUUUUGGACUCUACGAGAUGCCUGACUUCAACAACAUCCACAAGCUGAGCAUCUCCCAGAAUGAUAUCGACUUCGUCACUAUCAACAAGAGCGGAGAGUGGCUUGCGUUUGGAGCAUCUAAGCUAGGCCAGCUUCUGGUGUGGGAAUGGCAGUCGGAGUCGUAUAUCCUCAAGCAACAGGGCCAUUUCGACUCGAUGAACUCCUUGGUCUACUCACCAGAUGGCCAGCGGAUCAUCACCACUGCAGACGAUGGCAAGAUCAAAGUCUGGGACAUCCAGUCAGGAUUCUGCAUUGUGACAUUUACCGAGCACACUAGCGGCGUCACUGCCUGUGAGUUUGCCAAGAAGGGGAAUGUCCUCUUUACAUCUAGUCUUGACGGCUCCAUCCGAGCCUGGGAUCUCAUCCGGUACCGAAACUUCCGAACAUUCACUGCACCCACUAGACUCUCGUUCUCGUGUAUGGCAGUUGACCCUAGUGGUGAGGUGGUUGCAGCUGGAUCCCUCGACUCGUUCGAUGUUCACAUCUGGAGUGUCCAGACCGGCCAAUUGCUCGACCAACUUUCAGGACACGAGGGUCCCGUCUCUUCUUUGGCGUUUGCGCCAAACGGCGACUCUCUCGUCAGCGGCAGUUGGGACCGAACCGCUCGUAUCUGGUCCAUCUUCAGCCGGACGCAGACGAGCGAGCCCCUUCAGCUCCAGGCCGACGUCCUUGACAUGGCGAUCCGACCGGAUUCUCUGCAAUUGGCAAUUUCGACACUUGAUGGACAGUUGACUUUCUGGUCAAUGACGGAUGCUGAGCAAGUGUCUGGACUAGAUGGACGAAGAGACGUCUCUGGAGGACGAAAGAUCACAGACCGAAGGACCGCAGCCAAUGUUGCCGGAACAAAGAGCUUCAACACCAUCCGAUACAGCACCGACGGCAGCUGUCUCCUUGCGGGCGGCAACAGCAAGUACAUCUGCUUGUACUCAGUGACUACUAUGGUGCUGCUCAAGAAGUUCACCGUCAGCGUCAACCUCUCUCUCUCGGGAACCCAGGAGUUCCUCAACAACAAGCUUUUGACAGAGGCUGGUCCCCAGGGAGAGCUCGAUGAUCAGGAGGCAUCUGACAGGGAAGACCGAGUUGACAGCUCCUUGCCUGGUUCGAAGCGUGGAGACCCUUCCGCAAGGAAGAAGAUGCCCGAAGUUCGCGUGACUGGCAUUGGUUUCUCACCAACUGGAACCGCCUUCUGUGCCGCCUCGACAGAGGGUCUUCUCAUCUACAGCCUGGACAACGAUCUCCAAUUCGACCCCUUUGACUUGAACAUGGAAAUCACACCUGCGUCUACCCUCGCCGUCCUGGAAACCGACCGCGACUACCUCAAGGCCAUCGUCAUGGCCUUCCGCCUCAACGAAGCUGGUCUGAUCAAGCGGGUAUUCCAGGCCGUUCCGCCGGCCACGAUCCCCUUGGUCGUUGGCGACCUGCCAACCAUUUACGUCUCGCGCCUCCUGCGGUUUGUCGCAGCCCAGACGGAGGAGUCCCCCCACAUCGAGUUCUGCCUCCUCUGGAUCAAGGCCAUAGUCGACAAGCACGGCGCCUGGCUGUCGGCGAACCGCGCCAAGGCAGAUGUGGAGCUGCGCGUCGUCUCGCGCGCCGUGUCGAAGAUGAGGGAUGAGGUCAGGCGGCUGGCGGACGAGAACGUCUACAUGGUGGACUAUCUGCUGGGGCAAGCCCAGGACAAGAGCGAGAAGAAGGACGUCAAGACAUUGGAUGCGCCGGGCGGCAAGAACGCAGAGGUGAAAAUGAUUGAUUUGGAUGGAAAGGCUGAGUCUGAAAAUGGUUCUGACGAUGACGAGUGGAUUGGAUUAGACUAGACGGGCAGAGAUGAUUCAAAAUACCCAAGCAUUACCCAACAACCACAGUUACAUUCCGUCCUUAAUGAUACACAUCUGGUUUUUGGUUACUAUCACGCAAUCUUACACAUGUGC